UAUUCCCCCACAAACUUUGCUUUUGUGACCAGGACAGUGAUGUUUUGAAAUUUACCUAUUUUCCAGAACAUUCCAGAUCAAUUCAGUGCUGAGUAAACUUGGAGAAACUUCUAGAACUUUCCAGUAAUAUAAAUGGUAGUAUAAAUACAGGGGCCUUAAGCCCACCAGUUCAGUUUAGUUCCAGCUGCCUAAGUGGAUACAUAUCUGCGUUUUUCUGAGAUGGCAUCAAGAGGCUGCAAGCAUCCGGCAGAUGCAUUUUGCUAUGUCUGCAGCCAAUUUAUCAAGACAAGAGCGAAAAAGUACUCUGUGAAAGCAUCUGCUAAGUUGUGUGAGGCCUACAAGGCAUAUAUCGGCAUGACUGUCGGGGAACAAGACAAACCCUGGGCACUUCAUUUCACCUGCAAGCACUGCAAAAAAAACUCUGGAAGAGGGGAAAAGAGAGCCAUGAAGUUCGCUAUCCCAAAAAUUUGGCGGGAUCCCACUGACCACUCAAGCAACUGCUACUUCUGCAUGGUGGACCCUUCCAAACGUCGGACUGGCAAGAAUGCACCUGCUAUCAUGAAUCCAGACCUUCCUUCAUCCAUUGCCCCAGUGCCACACUGCCAUGAGCUCCCCGUACCUACUCCUGUGGAGAGAGAGCAGCCAUCUUUAGAAGAGAGCAGCAAGUUAGAGAGCGAAGACGACGUUGUAGAUCCAGAUGACAAUUUCAGAGGUGGAGCUGAGGAGAGAAACCCAUACUACCCCAACCAAAAAGACCUCAAUGACUUGAUUAGAGAUCUUGGUCUCACCAAGUCCAAUGCUGAGCUUUUGACGUCUAGGCUCAAGUAGCAGAACUUGUUGGAUGAAAGUGUACAAGUUGCAGAUCAGAGGAAGCGUCACCAACCUUUUUCCAGCUUCUUCACCUGUCAAGAUGGGCUCUGCUUCUGCCACAAUGUGACCAGUCUGUACGAGGCAAUCUGAAUCGCCUGUAACCAGAAUGAGUGGCACCUCCAUUGACAGCUCAUCCAGGAACCUCAAAGCCGUGCUGCUCCAUAAUGGUAACAAGUACCCGUCUCUUCCCCUGGCUCACUCGGUGCACCUCAAAGAGGAUUACAGCAGUAUCAAGACCUUGCAGGACACCUUGAAGUAUGAUGAGUAUGGCUGGGAGGUCAUAAGAGACUUCAAAAUGGUGACAUUCCUGAUGGGUCUCCAAGGCGGUUUCACCAAGUUUCCCUGCUAUCUUUGCCUUUGGGACAGCAGGGACACCAAGGUGCAUUACCACAGGCGGGACUGGCCACAGCGGACCGAGUUCUCUGUGGGAAGGAACAAUGUCAAGUGGGAGCCACUGGUGGACCCCCGGAAGUUGCUGAUGCCACCACUGCACAUCAAAUUGGGCCUUAUGAAACAAUUUGUCAGAGCUCUAGAUAAGGAGUCGGCAGCCUUCAAGUACCUUCAAGACUUCUUCCCUAAGCUGUCUGAGGCAAAGGUCAAAGCCGGUGUCUUUGUCGGACCACAGAUAAAGAAGAUCCUGGAGUGCAAUGAAUUCCCCAAGAAGCUCACUAGUAAGGAGAAAGCGGCUUGGAACAGCUUUGUCGCAGUGGUUCGUGGCUUCCUGGGCAAUCACAAGGCCGAAAACUAUGUGGAGCUGAUUGAGACUCUGGUGAAGAACCACGGCACAAUGGGCUGUAGGAUGUCCCUCAGUGUCCAUAUCCUUGAUGCUCAUCUUGAUAAAUUCAAGGAGAACAUGGGAGCAUACUCCUCGGAGCAAGGCAAGCACUUCCAUCAGGAUAUACUGGACUUUGAACGGCGCUACCAAGGACAGUAUAACGAGAACAUGAUGGGAGACUACAUUUGGGGGCUGAUUUGUAAAGUGAUUUACAGUAUAAUUGUAAAUCUCGAAAAACUACUCGCUUCUAAAUCUUUUGUUGUCAUUUUAUAUUACUUUAGUAUAAAUACAUGUUAAUUUGGAUUCAUAUGUUGUUUUUUUCUGACUUUAUGAACGAAAAGACACAUUCGCCUGUUUUCUCAUUGGAAAUAGGUACAUUUCAAAAUAUCACUGUCCUGGUCACAAAAGCAAAGUUUGUGGGGAAUAAUAGCCAUUUUCUAUACUUUUGAGGCAUAAGCAAUUUGAAAAAUAACACUUACUACCCAGGAACAAAAAUGUUGUUACAUAGUGAAAUUGACAAUGCACAAUGUGCGCACAUCAUCUGGCAUCUUUCGAUCUGGCUGAAAACACGUUCCUGGAUCAGACGUCAUCGGAAAUUAUGUAGCGUCAUGGAAUGCCAAACCAAUCGGAUUGGAUUCAGAUCGGUGCAAAAAUUCAUCCAUAUUUGGGCAGAGACAUUUGAUUGGUUACAUAUGGCCACCAGGAGAUGGUGGCAAGUACAUGUCACAUGACUCAAUGAUGACUCAAAUGGCACAGUAUGAACCUCAUUCUGUGAAAUCUCAUUACUAAAAUCAUGUCAAUGCAAACUUUUAGUCAUUGUUGUGUUUGCAUGUGUAAUAAGUUCUUAUGUGCAAUUAUUAUGUUUUAUUUGUUUGGAGAGGCUUUUGGACAUUAGGAUAAAUUAUUUUUGUAAUGCUAUAACUCUUGAUUGUUUUGUCGGAUCAACACAAAACUUUUCUCAGUUACUGUUGACACGAUUGGGAACAAAAAAAAACAACAGUUUUUUGGAGCCACCUUGCUUACACCCAGAGACACAUAAUGUCAAAUCAGAAAAAUAAGGAAAAAAAAGGACAUUUUUGGCUCAAGUUGUUUUGUGAUUUUUUUUUUUUUAUUUUUUAUUUUUUUAUUUAUUUUAUUUUUUUUUCCCAGUAGUUUCGAGUCUCAGAAUUUAUCAUAAUCUAUAUCAUUACAAAAUUCGAAAUAUUUUCUUUACAAUGAUACCAAAUACCCUCCUUGUUUUUUUGUUUUUUGUUAUUUGUUGUAAGCCUUUAAUUUUUGGUAUGCCACUGAAACAAGAAAUCUUUAAAAAUACCCUCCGAGCUUAAAGGGUUAAAGGUGAUGUAUGUAAUUUCUAUUCCUCUAGUGGUACCAAACAGAACUUAAAAAAAAAAAAGAAAAAAUGUUUUCAAACUCGAGCAUGCCCCUCAUCUUCAUUUGGCCAGAUAAACAGAUUGUCUCACCCCAAACUCUGGACAAGCUGGACUAAAAUCAAGCAAGCAUAAAAUUCCUUGCAUCUAGUUAGGAUAUGGUGUUAGACUACAAAUCCAUUCAUUUUCACAACAUAGUCUCACACCUGG